CCACGAAAUGUACAGGAUAUGUACAGAUAGUAUUACUGAACAGGGAAGGAUCUGUAAUUAUGUUUUGGUUUUUGCUGAGCAGAUAAGAGAAGAAGGAAGAUUCUACGCAUGCGCUCAGACAUGGCGGUGUUGUGUGAUAGUGUAUCACAGCACCACCUAGCCGCCUGGCAUGCAUACCCAAUCGAAUUCCACACACUUUUGCGUCACCGUAUGCACGCAGAUUUCCUCCCGAAAACGCUUGUCUAAACAUGGAAUAAAAAGUGAAGACGGGAAGCCACUUUUGAGUCUUCUGUUCAGAGUGUCAUCAUGCAAACGUAUAGCCUCAGAUUCUUCAGUUCAAUUAAUUUUACAUUUCUGCAUUUUUAACAAUGCUUUGCGCUUUUCAUUCAGCUGUCACUUUAUUUGUUUCCAACCAUUUACAUUUUCUUAAAUGAUGUGCAUGUUUACAUUGUUUAUUCCAUUUAGACUUUUGAACUUUUGUUCAAAUCCCUUCACUUGAUUUAUGCCAUUUAACGUUUCUUUAUGUCUUAGUCUAUGUGGCUUUAUUAAAAAAUAUUUUCAACCUCACUUUGUACUACAGCACUCACCGCAUUUUCUACAGGAAAUGUAUUUUCUAGUUUUGUAUGCUAUUCUCACUUUGCAUGUGACAAAAAAUAGACAGCAAUGCCCUGUCUAACCCCCUGCUGUGACCUACUGGAAACCUAAGAUAAAUUAAUAAUUAACAGUUGCAUGAAAGAAGGAUAGUGACUUUUGCUUAUCCCUUGUACGGAUAAUCACAUUAUGCGUUAUAAGGUACAUUAGACCGGUAGAUGCAGCGGCCAAAAAAUUACUGUUCGCCUAGAGCCCCCAAAGGGCUAAGAUCGCCACUGGUGGUAGCAGUUGGGUUCUCUCCUGUGUGCAGAAUCUGACGUAAUGCAAAAAGAGGGCAGCACCUAUCUGAUCACUUAUAUAGCCUAGUUGUAACACCCAGUGAACACUUGCAUGCUCAUUUUAAGGAUGGGUGGCUUGGUUGCAGUUUUUCUAACACCAGGUUUGACUUUGGGUUUAUUUUUGUUAUGUAUUUUGCUUUCUUUGUAUAAAUCUGGGGGUGGUCUAAUUAUGAGAACAGAGGCUUCAUCUUAUACUGAGAAUGCCACUGAUUCUGUUGAUUGUUGGCUUCGGGGUACCCCUCAGCUACCUGCAUUUACAAAGAGAGGGGAUUACAUUAUUGGGGGUGUAUUCCCCAUGCAUUACUACAUGAAAACUGUGAAGAAAAACUACAGCAGCCUUCCAGAGCCUCUCAAAUGCAUAGGAAGCAUGGACACCCGGGAACUGCGCUUCUCGCGUGCAAUGGCCUUUGCCAUCGAUGAGAUCAACAACAGCUCAGAUCUUCUGCCGGGGGUCACGCUUGGUUAUAAAAUCCAUGAUUCGUGCUCCUCACCACCCAUGGCUGUGCAGGUGGCGUUCCAGUUUACAAAUGACCCUCUGUCUAUGUAUAAAAACACUAAAGUGUGUUCGCAAUCGGGGAGGGUGUUGGCAGUUAUUGGUGAUUCUGGAUCAACGCAAUCAAUCAGCAUAUCACGAAUCAUCGGGCCCUUUGACAUUCCACAAGUUAGUCACUUCGCUACCUGUGCGUGUUUGUCUGACAAGACACAAUACCCAACCUUUUUUAGAACCAUCCCCAGUGACCAGUUCCAGGCUCUUGCUCUUGCCAAACUUGUGAAACAUUUUGGUUGGACUUGGAUUGGCACUGUUCAGUCUAACUCAGACUAUGGUAACAAUGGGAUGGCGUCCUUUUUACGAGCAGCACAGAACGAGGGUAUAUGUGUGGAAUACUCUGAAUCAUUCAAUAGAAAUGAUCCACAGAGCAAGAUUCAACAGGUGGCUGAAGUGAUUCGCAGGUUCAUGCAUUCAUUAUUCUGAUCGUGUUCAGUUAAUAUAAACCAAUGUCAAUAUGCCAACCAAGAUAAUUUAAAAGGCAUAUAAUGUUUAUAAAACUUUAGUUUCAUCCAUACUAUUAUAAAAAGGCAUAGUUAAUCAUAUAGAUAUUUUUUAAUGAUACAAUAACACUCAAUAUGUUUAUUUUUUGUAUCAGCCUAAUUUAUGUAUGGAAAUCUCUACAGGUCCACAGCCACGGUUAUCGUGGCAUUUACAUCCCCAGGAGACUUGCUGGUUCUGCUGGAAGAGCUGACGGUACAUCCCUCUCCUCCUCGCCAAUGGAUUGGCAGUGAAGCCUGGGUAACCGAUCCAGAGGUUCUGAGAUAUCGUUUGUGUGAAGGAGCAAUUGGAUUCGCUAUUCCGCAAUCUACCAUACCAGGUUUUAGAGAAUACCUUCUAGAUCUUUCUCCUGCUAAGGUGGCUGCCUCACAUGUGCUUUCGGAGUUCUGGGAGGGUGCAUUCAACUGUUUGCUAGAAAAUGAACGUGA